ACAUCAGGCCAGGCCAGAUAUCCGGCUGAGAACAUUCCUGUAGGCCUCGACCCUCCUCAAACUCUUCCACACUAUCUAUUGGUGCAUACGGCUCUGAAACCCCAGCUCCUUCGUUGUUGAUUUCCUCUUUUUGUCCUCGCCCAUUUUCAAAACUUGAAAUUUUGAGAAUAUUCACCUGCAACUUUCAAAAUGGCACACGAUUCCCCCAUCCAGCUCACGGAUCUGCCUCUCCGUCCUACGCCGGGAGUGGAUGGCAGAAACAUCAAGAUUCGAUGCAACAUUUACCCUCUAAGAAUGGCAGCAGAAACCAUGGCCUAUCAGUACGACGUAACGAUGGUCCCAGACGUCACUGCCCUAGCCAAACGAGCCUGGCGCCUAGCGCAGCCCCUCUUCCUCCAAAACGACGAACGGGCGUACAUCGCCUACGACGGCAAAAAAAAUGCCUUCAGCACCGUCGAUUUCCAAACCACUACGGUUACCGUCACUAUCGACAAGGACGAGGACGACUAUUACCCGAAUUCCAUAUUACCCCCACCGGUCCGUGGGGAAAGAAAUUCCCGCAGUGGUGGGAGAGCGGGACGGGGAGGACGGGAAUCGAGAGGUGGGUUUGGGGGUCGGAGGUCGGAUCGGGGGUCUGCGGAUCCGUAUGAUGGACCGGUGUCGGCGGGACCUGUGAGUUCGAAGGGAUGGGCACCGCAGAGCUAUGCUAUUGAGCAGGCGCCAGAGAGUACCGAACCAAGGAAGCCGAAGACGGAAGAGGUGACAAUUACAUUGAAGCAGGUGGCGAAAAUCGACUUCCACUCCCUCAUGCUUUUCAUGAGCCGACAAGGGGCCGAAGAUGACACAGCGCUGCAUGCAACCACAGCUCUCAGCACCGUUCUCCGCCACGUACCAGGCAUGACCUUCGUCACCGCGGGAGCGAACUUCUAUAGCCCAGAGGACCGAACGCAUAUCGCCGGCGGGCUGGAAAUUUGGCGUGGGUAUCAUCAAAGCAUCCGUGUCAUGAUGGCAGGUCAUUUAGGCGUAAAUGUGGACGUGGCAGCAACAGUUUUCCGACAGGGCGAGGUGACCCUCUUAGAGCUACUGAAGAAUGCGCUGAAGUGCCGAGACUUUGACGAGAUGGCCGAUAAAAUCCGGGAAAUGGGCACACCGGCCGUGAGGCAGCGGCUGACGUCUGAUUUCAAGGGAGCGAAUGUCGUGACGACGCAUCGGUCCGAUAUGAAGCAGAGGUUCAACAUCGGCAGCAUUUCGAGGGAUACCGCCGACACCUAUAUGUUUGACGUCAACGGCGUCAAGAUGUCGGUGACCGAGUACUUCUUCUCGCAGUAUAGGAUCACACUCAACUAUCCGUAUCUGCCGUUAGCGCUGAAGGCAAACGGAAAAUCAGCCUUCCCGCUCGAAUUCUUGAAGAUGACUCCAUCUCAACGCUUCAAGAAGAAGCUUAACGGCGAGCAGACAGCGGAUAUGAUUCGUGCUACAGUGCAGCGGCCCAUCGACCGCGAGAAGAAAAUAGCUUCCGCCGUAAAUGGGACGCUAAAGUACCAGAACAACGACCACCUCAGAUCCUUCGGCCUAGCCGUCGAGCCACAACCCAUGACCAUCCCCGCACGCAUCCUCACCGCACCCAACGUUGUGUUUGGCAACAACCAGCUCUUUAAAGGCGGCGAAGGGUUCUGGAAGCUUGGGAAACAACUGGCCAAGCCGUCAAAGAUCAGCAGCUACGCUUUCGCGUUCUUCGUGAACAUCGACCAAAGAGAGGCUCUGACGAUCCGGAAUCAGCUAUUGGAUGGGUUUCAGAAUACGGGAAUUCUAUUCGCGUCCCUGGACGAUAGCCCUCUCAGGAUCCAGAAUCCGGACGACUCGCAGAACGUCAGGCGGUGUCUCCAUUCCCUCGCGCGGGAAGCGAAGCAGAUUUACGAUUACCGGUGUCAGAUCAUAUUCUGUAUAGCGCCGCGGGGGCUGAGGACGGAUAAUGGCCUUCGGGUGCUGUAUGAAGAGAUCAAGAGGAUUACAUUGACGGAGAUGGAUGUGCUGUCCCAAUGUCUGGACUAUAACAAGACGAAGCUCGAUCGGCUAAAUCCCAAAUACUCCGAAAACGUUGCUUUGAAGGUGAACGUCAAAAUGGGAGGCGCGACCAACUUCGUCGACAAACUCCCCCUGAUGGAUAAGCCCACCCUCAUCUGCGGCGCGGACGUAACCCACGCCCACGCCGGGUCGGCAGCGCCAUCCGUCGCCGCCGUCGUAACUUCCACCGACCGCUCAGCCACAAAAUACCGCACCUUCCUCUCGGCACAAGCCUCCCGAGUCGAAAUCAUCCAAGACAUGGAACGCAUCAUGGGCGAAGCGAUUGACGCCUUUGCAUCCAGCCAGAAAACGUUCCCGGCGCGGGUCAUAUUCUUCCGCGACGGGGUGUCCUCCGGGCAGUUCAAGGAAGUGCGGGAGACGGAGAUCGCGGCCAUCAAGAGGGUCUUUGCCAAACGCAAGCUGAACGGCACGCAGCUCACGUUUGUGAUUGUGCAGAAGAGACAUCAUAUUAGGCUGUUUCCGAAUGAUAACAACCAGGACAAGUCAGGGAAUUGUUUGCCGGGUACAACGGUUGAUACAGUAAUCACACAUCCCAGCGAAUUCAACUUCAUUCUUCAAUCGCACGCCGGCCUCCAAGGCACAUCCCGGCCGACGCUAUAUCACGUCAUAUACGACGACAUGGAUAUGGGUUCAGACCAGUUACAGCAGCUAUGCUAUAACCUGUGCUUCUUAUCUGAACGAGCGAAUCGGAGCAUCAACAUGGUCGCGCCUGCAUAUCGGGCGCAUCUAGCCGCUUACUACGGCCGGAUGUUCCUAGAAGGCGACUUUGGAUCCGACGCCGCAUCAGCUCUCAGCGGCGCAUCGCAGGAACUUCCAGUGGCCCUCCGCAAGGUCGCGUCAACAAUGGACCAGCAUACGAUGUAUUACAUGUGAAAAGAUGCGUGAAGCGAAAGGUCAUUUCUGGGACUUGGGAGGUUGCCCAGCUUGUAGUUUAAGCGUUUUCUUCUUCUUGGACAUAUGCAUUCAUUGUUCUCUUCCACUUAUUUACUUCGGUUUGAAGACAAUAGGAUAUUUGAAACGGAUUCUGUCCACCGAUAACGCCCAG